CGCGGCCGCAGCACGGGGCGGCGGUUGCCAUGGCGAAGCCGGUGCUGGUGUCGCUGUGCCUGUGUUGGGGCCUGGGCCUCGCCGCGGCCGUCGGGCCCCCCAACAUCGUCCUGCUCCUUAUGGACGAUAUGGGUUGGGGUGAUUUGGGAGUUUUCGGAGAGCCUUCUAAGGAAACUCCUAACUUAGACCAGAUGGCUUCAGAAGGGAUGCUUUUCCUGGAUUUUUAUACUGCCAACCCCCUCUGUUCUCCAUCCAGGGCAGCACUGUUGACGGGCCGUCUUCCGGUCAGGAAUGGAUUUUACACCACGAAUGCACAUGCCAGAAACGCAUACACACCACAGGAUAUAGUAGGAGGAAUCCCAGACUCUGAAUUACUGCUUCCAGAGCUGCUGAAGAAAGCUGGCUACAUCAGUAAGAUCAUUGGCAAAUGGCAUCUGGGCCACCGGCCGCAGUUCCACCCCCUGAACCAUGGGUUUGAUGAAUGGUUUGGAUCCCCAAAUUGCCAUUUUGGACCUUUUGAUAACAGAGCUCUCCCCAAUAUCCCUCUGUAUAGAGACUGGGAAAUGAUUGGCAGAUACUAUGAAGAUUUCAAAAUUGAUCUGAAGACGGGUGAAGCCAACUUGACUCAGAUCUACCUGCAGGAAGCUCUCGAUUUUAUUAGCAAGCAGCAGGCAAGCCAGCAGCCAUUCUUUUUAUACUGGGCAAUUGAUGCUACCCAUGCUCCUGUUUAUGCCUCCAAACAGUUCCUGGGCAGUAGUCAGAGAGGACUAUAUGGGGAUGCUGUGCGAGAAAUUGAUGAUAGCAUUGGAAAAAUCCUAAAACAUCUUCAGAAGCUGGGUAUCAGUGAGAACACUUUUGUGUUUUUCACCUCUGAUAAUGGGGCUGCUCUCAUUUCAGCUCCUGAACAAGGAGGAAGCAAUGGUCGUUUUCUGUGUGGCAAGCAAACCACGUUUGAAGGUGGCAUGAGAGAGCCAGCUAUUGCUUGGUGGCCUGGACAUAUACCUGCAGGAGGGGUCAGUCAUCAGCUGGGCAAUGUGAUGGAUCUGUUCACCACCAGCCUCUCCCUGGCGGGACUGCAGCCUCCCAGUGACAGACAGAUUGACGGCAUCAACCUUUUACCUGCCAUCUUGCAGGGCAAGCUAAUUGACAGGCCUAUAUUCUAUUAUCGUGGCAAUGAGAUGAUGGCAGUGAGAGUCGGGCUUUACAAGGCUCACUACUGGACCUGGAGCAACUCCUGGGAGGAGUAUAGCAAGGGCAUUGAUUUCUGUCCUGGGCAGAAUGUCUCUGGAGUGACAACACAUACACAGGAGGAGCACACUACCCUGCCACUGGUUUUCCACCUGGGAAGAGACCCUGGUGAGAAGUAUCCAUUAAGUUUUGCCAGCAAUGAAUACCAAAGGGCGAUGGAGCAAAUAUCUGUCAUUGUCCAGCAGCACAAAGUGACCAUGGUGCCAGGGGAGCCACAGCUUAACGUGUGUGACAAAGCCGUCAUGAAUUGGUCUCCUCCAGGCUGUGAGAAGCUAGGGAAGUGCCUGAAACCACCCAAGUCUGAUCCUAAGAAGUGCUUUUGGCCUCAUUGAUCUGCUCAGCAGCCCUCAAGAGCUACACAAGAAAAACUAUAACUAUCCGGACAUACAGUUUACAAAGCAUGUCUUCUUAUGUUGGCACUCCUGUUUACACAGGAAGGGUGUGAUGUAUGUAUGAUAUCAUCAUUUGCCCUUCCAAAAGGGCCAGUGUUUAUAUUUCUAGUGCUCAGGGUUUAGCCUGUAGUCUUCUGUUGUAGUUGUUUCCGUAAAUGGUAACUUUUCAGUGAAGACUCUUUUGAACUCUAAAAGCUCUCUGUACAACCACAACUCUGCCAUCACCUCAGAAAUGCCAUGGAUGCACCUUUUCUGUCACUCCUUCCACCCAACCUGCUCUCUCCAGUCAUCACUCAUUCGGAUCCUGAACAGCAACCAUGUUCAGGAAACUUAGAGCCGCCAGAAAACCCUGCCCAAACUGCCCUUGUUUGGUUUGCCUAUAACUUGUUGUUUUAACAUUUAUUUCCAUUGUGAACUCUGGACACCAACUUGUUUUUCCUUUCUUCCUAAACCUGCAAGUACUGGGUGCAGCCGUAGGGCCCAAACUGCUGCUGUGCAUCACUGGGUGCAACCAAGUGCUCCCUCCUGUUCCUGAGUAAGGGGUUGGCUCCAGGGAGUACUCCCUGCCUUCCUUCAUCUAUAACUGCAAACAUCCCCUAGGUAAAGAAACUUGAAGAUAGAGUUCAUGUAAGUACUGCCUUAUUGACAGGGUGCAGGAUGCUCAUUGACAGGGAGCUGGGGAUCAGUAGUUCAUUACAGGGGUUUUCUUCAUUUCCAAAACACUCUGGGUCCAAAUAUGGUUUAAGUCAUGCUUCUAGUCUCAUGAUCUGGGCCCAGCCAACUGCAGGCUCAGAAAUGCCCGUUUACAUCAGACAUUAACUCUUGACCCUGUUUCCAGUGUAAGCUCUCUGAGGAAUUCUCCUUGUGCAAACUUUCCACAGCCUGGGUGUAGCACUGCUUUAAACAGAGCUCAUUGUAAAUGCCGAUCCUUUGCACAAUUUCAUAUUGCAGAUCUCUCAUCUGCUUUUGAGCCUGUUUCACACUCUUGGCUAUUGCUAAUAAACGUGUCUCAAACAAAACUGAGCAAGGUUACUGUGGAGCUUCAGGGGAGCAGCUAGAGGCGUGCUAGUUGCUAGUAGCUGAACAUGCUGUUUGUACCACUGAAUGCAAACAGGAGUGAUCCACUUCUACUCCUCCAGUGUUUUAAACAGCACAUGUGCCCUCUCUGCUGCUUUAUGCUGCCUUGGGAAAAAUCCAGCGUGUAAACAGCAGCUUUCUUCCCAAGCAAAGCUUGAGGAUUGCUUGAGAGCUCUGCUUCUGCUUCUUGAGAGCUCUGCUGUGCUCCUGCCUGCUACAAGCUUCUCAGCUGCUUAUUCUCACCCUCCCUGUAAUCCCAAAGGCGCUCAUUCUCUCUGUUCCCAUGGUUUACUUUACCUGUAAUCCUCUCCACAGUAAUUCUAGGGUAUAUCUCAUGAAGCUGGAUAAUCCUAUAAGAUUGCAAUAAGAACAGCAGUUGAGUCGGCUCUCACUGUUCCACCCAUCAGAAAUCACAGCCAACACUUCAUCAGCUGGCAGAGCCUUUGAAUAUCUGUGCAUCUGCAAAUGGCAUUUGUUUAUAAUCCACAUUUCUUAAGGUGUUACUAAUUCUCCUUCAAGUAUAUUGGGGCACUUCUAGUUCAUCCGUAACAUUUCUCCUUGUUUUGAUGUAGUGUGAAUAGCUCAAGUCUUGAGAGAUUCUGAUCAGCCUUCUCUUCACUGAUGCUGUAUGAGAAGGACAGGAAGGAGGAGCAGCAGUUGUGUGUGUCUGUCAGCACAGGAGACCAGACAAAACCAGUAACUUCCCAUUUGCUGGGUCUGGUCCACCUCUGUUUUAGUGCUUCUCUCACCCACAGUUGUUCAGGACCCUGCAGUUCUCUAGUAUCAGCAGAUAGAGAUACCAACCAGAGGAGGGAGUCUAUCACUGCAACUCCAUGAAAAUCCAGCAGCCCUCACACAGGAACAGAUCUGCUGCAGACUGUAGCAGCACUGUUCCUCUGUUCCUGCUGCUAUGAAGAGAUCCCACCAUA